GAAGACUCUGCUUGUUUUGUUUGUGCAGCGAAAAAGAAAACGAAAGCGAAGAAGAAAAAAGAAAAAAGAAGUUGGUUCCAUACUUCCAUUUGAGACUACAAAUUCUUACUUCAUUCAACGCUUCUUCUCAUCCAAAGUUGUAAAACCCAAUUUUGAUUUUGUGGGCACAGAAUCACUGAUUAAAAUAACAUUGCGGUCAAAUUCAGUGUUCAAUCUCUGCUCUACUCAAAUCCCCACUCUCACAAUCAUCUGUAUAUAUAACCCAACGCCAUUUUCGACCAAACCAAGCUCCACAUCAAGAGGGAACGAAAUUUCUCACCACAGUCCAGUCCAGGCACAGGGGGUUCUCAGAUUCUCUCUUCCACCUCGCUCCGUCAUUCUACGAUCCUUCACUAGGCUGGAGACAGAAGAGAAAAAGAUAAUACAUGGAGGACGUUGCAGGAAGAAGUUUGGAAUGCCAGAAGAUUAUGGAUGGGAAGGCGACUAAUGGGAAUGGUUUAGAUGGGGCCAUUCCUUCUUGUUGCUUGAAGGCUAAGACUUCAGACCCUGAGCUUGAGGCUCAAUGCCAUUCAACUGUUGUUUCUGGCUGGUUUUCAGAAUUUCAGUCUGGCUCUGAUAAAGCUAGCAAAAAUGUUUACUUCAACAACCCAAUGUGGCCGGGUGAAGCACAUGCUCUGCAAGUAGAGAAUAUACUGUUUAAAGGAAAGUCAGAGUACCAAGAGGUUAUGGUUUUUGAGUCGGCAUCAUAUGGGAAAGUCCUUGUUCUUGAUGGUAUUGUGCAACUGACAGAGAAAGACGAAUGUGCCUACCAAGAAAUGAUAGCGCAUCUCCCUCUUUGUUCAAUCCCAUCUCCAAAAACUGUUCUGGUUGUUGGCGGAGGUGAUGGGGGAGUUCUGAGGGAAAUUUCUCGGCACGACUCGGUGGAGCACAUAGACAUUUGUGAGAUAGAUAAGAUGGUCAUUGAUGUUUCGAAGAAGUUUUUCCCUCAAUUAGCUGUUGGAUUUGAGGACCCCCGCGUCCACCUUCAUGUUGGUGAUGCUGUUGAAUUUCUUCGGAAUGCAAGGCAAGGGAAGUAUGAUGCCAUCAUUGUUGAUUCAUCUGAUCCUGUGGGUCCUGCACAGGAGCUAGUGGAGAUGCCCUUUUUUCAGACGAUAGCCCGAGCAUUAAGAUCCGGGGGCGUUCUCUGUAACAUGGCCGAGAGUAUGUGGCUGCAUACACAUCUCAUUCAGGAUAUGAUAUCGAUUUGUCGCGAAACAUUUAAGGAUGUCCAUUAUGCAUGGACUAGCGUUCCAACAUAUCCAAGUGGUGUAAUUGGGUUUCUGCUCUGCUCAACUGAAGGGCCAACAGUUGAUUUCAGGAACCCUGUGAAUCCCAUUGAGAACUUGGUCGGACAACAUCUCAAGUCUAAAAGAGAACUCAAAUUCUACAACUCCGAGAUGCACUCGGCUGCAUUUGCGCUGCCAUCGUUUCUGAAGAGGGAGGUGAAGGCACUGAGCGACGCCCCAGUUUCGGGCAAAAAUGGAUGGAUUUCCUCCUGAGAAUUGAAAUGCAUUUUUCCAAGAUGGUGAUGGGUUUUGUUUAGUGUAUACAUAGAAGUAUUGGAGUGGCUGCGACUGUUAGUGAGGGCAUUGUUAACGACUUCUAUUUAAUAAUUGAGGUUUGGUAUCCUAUUAGAAGCAAAAUGGUUGGCUUUUCCCAUGGCUGAUUGGUAUUCCAAUUAGCUUAGCUGAUAAAUAAAGAAGAAAAUGUUGGUUCUUGUAAUGUAUACUACAAUAUGUUGAGUUAAAAUGAAAGUCAAAUAAUUACACCAA